AUGAAAGUGGUAUAUUUUUUUAUAGUGUAUUUUUUGCAUAGAAGUCAAGGAUAUAAUGGUUCUGCAGGUCCUAAUCGAGACAAAAUUGUUGCGUGCUACUAUACAUCUUGGGCAGCGUACAGACCUGGUCUUGGAAGCUUCGAUAUCUCUGAUAUAGAACCCACUCUCUGUAGUCACUUGAUUUACUCGUUUGUAGGUCUCGACGAGAACUCUUUUAAAAUUAAACAUAUUGAUCAAUGGCAAGAUUUAGAAAAAGAUGGUGGGAAGGGAGGCCUCAAAAGAAUCGUAGCUCUAAAAGAAAAACAUAAACAUUUAAAAAUUAUUGUUUCUAUUGGAGGAUGGAACGAAGGAUCAGCUAAAUAUUCUAAAAUGGCAGGAGAUCCGAAGCUAAGAAAUGUAUUUGUAAAGAGCGCUGUAAAUUUUUUAACCAUCCAUAACCUUGACGGUCUUGACUUAUUUUGGGAUCAUCCAACAAAAAGAGGUGGAGUACCCGAGGAUAGAAACAAUUACGUUAGCUUAAUAAAGGAAUUGUCAGAAGCCUUUGAACCUAAAGGUUUUCUAUUAACGGGAUCUCUCAGAAGUAAUUCAGGUGAAAUGAAUUCUCUUUAUAAUCUAGAGCACGUUAACUAUUAUUUGGAUUUUUUGCAUAUAAUGGGCUAUGAGUUUCACGGGUCGUGGGACGAAGUUAUUGGUGCGAAUGCGCCUUUACAUGGAAAAGAUGAAGGUGAUACUUUGAAUGUGGAAUAUACUAUUAAAUAUUUGCUAAAGCUUGGAGUAACACCAAAUAAAAUAAUUCUCAAUUUACCUUUGUUUGGAAAAACAUAUAUUUUGACCAAUCCCGGAGUCAAAGGCAUUGUUUAUGGCGAAACUGCUACGAAGGCUGUUGGAUUUUCCGGACCGUUCACUGCUGAAGAUGGAUUUAUGGGAUACAAUGAAAUCUGCCUAGAAUUGGCAAACAAGACUUCGCAAUGGGUUGAAGGAUGGCAUGAACGUUCAAAUACUCCCUAUUUAUGGGAUGACGAUAGAUUCAUCUCAUAUGACAAUCCAAGGUCUAUCGCUAAUAAAGUCGCAUUUGCUUUGGACCACGGUAUUGGUGGUUUCGCAGCUUGGACCAUUACAACUGAUGACUUUAGAGGCUCGUGCGAUGAGGAGAUGGACACUUAUAAAGAUUUUAUCGAGAGGUACAAUAAAAUAUCAGACCAGCAAUUGAUGAAAAGAGCAUUGAACAGCUUACUAGAAGCUGGCAAUAAAAUUGACCAUUUUGUAGCAGUUGAUGAUAAAGUGCGACUUCAACUACCAAAAGCAACAUUUUCCAACUACCCUCUCCUAAGAACUAUUCAUGAUGCAACAAAUAUAGUAUUAGAAGGAGCAAAAAUUUUAAAGGAGAUGGAAAAAUUAAAGGGUCAGGCACAGGCAAAGCCACAGACAGAUAUACAAAAAGACAGAAUCCCAUGUAUAAGGACUUGUACAGAAAUUUGUUAUUAUGGACUUGUCAACUCAGAAAUGAACAAAAUGCAAAGGAGCAAAAGAACUAUAAUAAACUAUAAAUAUGUGAAACCAUCCAUAUUCAAAAACGCACCUCUACUU